GGUGGCAAGGCAUGAGAUACAGCUAAAGAGUGAUAGCUAGAAGAAUAAUCCCUGGAGAGAGGGAGAGAGAGAAGGAGAGAGACAUAACACCAGCUACUCCAGCUGAUUCGAGGUCAAAGUGCGCCGCCACACACGUCGCCUGAUUUUCUUAGGGAGAAGCGAGAGAGACACACACAAAUAGAGGAUUCCAGCCAGUCCAUCUGUUAGGAAAAGCCAGCAGAGGAGCAGCAGUUCGACGCACAAAUGGCGGCCAAAGUGUUCAGACUCAGUACUGGGUCAAGGGCACUGUCUGACCCGGAGAAGAUAUUCACAAGACAAGACAAGAUUGGGAAAGGGAACUUUGGAGAAGUGUAUAAAGGCAUCGACCAGCGAAGUAGUCGCGUGGUAGCAAUCAAGAUCAUUGACCUGGAAGCAGCAGACGAUGAAAUCGAAGACAUCCAGCAAGAAAUCUCCAUUCUGUCUCAGUGUGACUCUCCUCACGUCACUCGAUACUUUGGCUCCUAUCUCAAGGGUACGAAGCUGUGGAUUAUCAUGGAGUACCUGGGAGGAGGGUCGGCACUGGACAUGCUGAGGCCGGGGCCGCUGGAGGAGAUAUAUAUAGCCACCAUAAUGAGGGAGGUGAUGAAGGGGCUCGACUAUCUCCACUCUCAGAACAAGCUACACAGAGACGUCAAAGCUGCCAACGUCCUGCUGUCGGAGAGUGGGGAGGUGAAGCUGGCAGAUUUCGGAGUGGCCGGCCAGCUAACUGAGACCAUCAAAUUCAGGGACACGUUUGUGGGUACCCCGUUCUGGAUGGCUCCCGAGGUGAUCAAACAGAGCCAGUAUAACACCAAGGCGGAUAUAUGGUCCCUGGGGAUUACCGCCAUAGAGCUGGCUGCAGGCGAGCCACCUCACGCGGACCUGCACCCCAUGCGAGUCCUCUUCCUCAUCCCCAAGAACCCGCCUCCUCAGCUGGCCGGCAACUUCUCCAAGGCUUUCAAAGAGUUUGUCGCUGUUUGCCUCAAUAAGGAGCCUUUCUAUAGACCAACAGCAGGUGAGCUGCUGAAGCACAAGUUCCUGCGACAGGCUCGGAAGACGUCCUACCUGUGUGAGCUGGUGGAGAGGUUUGUACGGUGGAAACUGGAGAACGGAGAAGACUCUCUCUCUCUCUCCAGCCAAGACAUCACAGAGUGAGUCAUGGUUAUAACUAUACACUAGGGUACCAUUUCAUACACUACACCACCUUGAGUGUUUGUAGGGUGACCUAGAGUUUUUGUACUUUUAGCGGGCAAGUGGGGAGAAGGACAGGCCAACCAACCAUCCUGAAUACCUUCACUAUAGCUGGAGUGUGCAGUGUAAAAGAGUAGGGUGGCCUAAACCUUUUGUACUUUUAGCAAGACAGACCAACCAACCAUUCUGAAUACCUUCACUAUAGCUGGAGUGUGCAGUGUAUAAGAGUAGGGUGGCCUAAACUUUUUGUACUUUUAGAAAGAAGGUGGGGAGAAGGACAGACCAACCAACCAUCCUGAAUGCCUUGACUGUAGCUGGAGUGUGCAGUGUAUAAGAGUAGGGUGGCCUAAACUUUUUGUACUUUUAGAAAGAAGGUGGGGAGAAGGACAGACCAACCAACCAUCCUGAAUGCCUUGACUAUAGCUGGAGUGUGCAGUGUAGAAGAGUAAGGUGGCCUAAACUUUUGUACUUUUAGAAAGAAGGUGGGGAGAAGGACAGACCAACCAACCAUUCCUGAAUACCUUGACUAUAGCUGGAGUGUGCAGUGUAUAAGAGUAGGGUGGCCUAAACUUUUGUACUUUUAGCAAGAAGGUGGGGAGAAGGACAGACCAACCAACCAUUCUGAAUACCUGGACUAUAGCUGGAAAAUGCAGUGCACACUUAUGUCUUGCAAACACAUACACAUAUACACAUGUGUCAAUAACGAGGCGGAAAGGCAAAGUGAACAAGUCUACUUCACCCAGGACAACUCCGAACAUUUUCAAGGAAAAACAGAGGGAUUACAACCAAUGACACUCUGCAGCCUAGGCGAGCACCCUACCCACUGAGCUAUACCAGGGCAACUCAGCUGGUAGGGGUUCAAAUCUAGUACAACAAAAAGGCAAACAUCAAACCACUGGGCUAUUGCACAGUAAACUCUCACUCAGUAUGUAUACAUGUUGCAGUGCCCAGACAGGGCUCAUGCUGUCCUGUCUGUGUACUGCAACAGAUUUGUUGCUAGGCAAAUCUGUUGUCUGGGUACUGCAACAGAUUUGUUGGAUAUCCCUAGGCAAAUGACAUGUAUGAACCCUGCUUGCACGUGUAGGAUUGUAAACUCCCACUCAGUAUGUAUACACAUACUAUUAUACAUACAGUGGAGCAAUGGACAUGGAGGAAUCACCGGAGAAUGGAGGAAUGGAGUGGAACUUUAGCAACACCAUCAAACGUAGUGGUCACACUCAGGAUUCGCCCCCCGUGUCGACUUCUGAGGAGGUCGGGAGUGGGGAGGGGGAGGGAGGGGAGGACAGAGGACACACGCAGACAUACGCUGACGGAAGAAGAGG